AUGUUCUCCUUCUUUCAAAGUCGGAUCUCGCCCCCUGGGUUCAAGAUCUACAUGCCUCUGAGCAGCGACAUCGGCGUAGAGCGAUACCUCUGCCAGAUUAACAUCAGGGAUCUCGCAAAAUGGAAGUAUGAGCUUUCCCCAAAGAUACGUGCUAAUCAGGUGAACAGGUUCUAUCAAUCUACCGCCGCUAUCAAAGGUAAGUGGACUCUAGGAAACUCCUCCUUCUCAUUAAAUGAGGCCAUGGACCCGGUCGAGCAUUCGCCUGCCAGUGUGUCCUCGUGCGACUCGGCAAUGUACACACUCGAGGAGGCGCGUCUUUUCAUGCCUGGAGAAGAGAGUCAGAUCAACGCCGAGAUCAUCGCGGAGCGGAUGAAAACGAAUCUGAUCCUCGAAGGUAAGUUGAUUCCUCCCCCUUGUCGCGACUAUGAAGGUGAUCUUGCUGUUUUCUUUCACGCCAUGGCCAUCAAGGAAGAACGCGAGAGAGCUCGCCGUACUGUACUUGGAAGGGUCAAAGAAAAUUUACACUCUCGUCUUGCUAGAGAUGCUCCCAAGGGCUGGGAGCAUCUACACCCCAUCAUCUACGAUGGACAGCAAGAGUAUCACGGGUUCAAAAAAUUCCCUCGGUAUCACGCUAACCAGAGAGCUUACCUCGUCACUCGAGAGUUCAGGGACGGUAUUUAUAUCGCGACCGCGAUUCGAAACCUCAGCGCUUGCUCCCAGAGGGAGAUUGUGAGGCUGCUUGAUGGGAUUGAAGACCAAGGACGGGAUGAUAUAAUCUAUGUGGCCAACCAAGGUGAGGAGAUUCCCUACUACUUCGAGAGCGAGGAUCCUGAUUUCAUUGAAUGGAUAGGGACUCGUUUGGUAUGA